CCUCUUGUUUUUCUACUUUACAAUUCUACACGAACAGAUGGAAAUGCAUCCUUCAAAAGCCACCCUAACUAGGACUAGCCAUCAAUAAUAUUACUUCAGAGACAAGAGCAUUAUAUCCCAAUAAUAAUAAUAGAGGCCAUAAUGACUGAACAAGCUGAUACAUCAAUGACCGAUGCAUCAAUGGCCGGCACGCAGAGUGCAACCAGGGUCAAAAAGUCACACGAGCUGGUUACAGUUACUAUCAAGGCACCACGGUAUUCCUACGCACACCUCGAGCUUUUCAGUGCCUCGGCCGACCCAGGUGUAUUAGAUGCUCUCCAAGUGCGGUCAAAAUGUACAGCUGCCUUGAAGCAAUUCCUAGGCACUACAGGUCUUGGAAUGCCUCUAGAUAUUCUUAAGGUAGAGGGAAAGGACUGUUGGUUAAGAGUUCCCCGAGAUGACUUAUCAGCCUUCUCCGCAGCCAUUACGGCUUGGCAAGGCUCUUAUCAAGACGGUGUUCACUCAUCACUUCGAAUACGAGGGUGCUCUGACUGGCUUGGUGCUUUGGUGGGAAGAGAUGGGGAGGAUGAGCUGUGGACUGGCUGAAACUUGACCGACGAAACCACCUUGUCAAUCAUUACCAACACGCCGAGAAGCAAAAUAAUCUCAAACCACAUUUUGUAUUGCUACCGCCCUAAUGGUAUAUCCUGUUUCCUCUCCUUGUCCCCGCAACGCCAUUGCUUCCCUGACGAUCAAGUGCCAUAUAUGCAAAGAUGCCACGUUAAGCCACCGUCCAAUGCAAGAUCACCGUUUGGAAACAUCAAAACUAAAA